ACAAUAGCGAUUUCCGCUUCUGCAAAACAAAAGGAACAACAGUAGUGCCCCCCGCCCCGAGUUCGUUGGUUCUUUUUGUUUUUUCUUACCACCUUCUCCUCUUCUUCACCCUUUCCUUCGCUUCAUUCAUCUUUAGAGAGAGAAACAAACCGAAAAGAGAGAGAGAGAAACACUCUCACGCACGAUGGAGGACACCGUUAACCUCCGCGCCUCCACCACCACCUCGCCGGCGCCGGAGAUUCCUAAUCCCGACCUUCCUCCCCAAACCAGAGAGGAAGGCGAACUCUCUUCCGACGACGACGACGACGAAAACCUUGAUAGCUCUACUGUGCAAUCCAUCCCUGCUGUAGGGUCUGGUUCUGUUCCACUGGUGCAAAAGAGUACACAAAACGUUCAGGGUGGCUCCAGUAAUGUACAGUUGCAAACGAAUAGACAACCAACUGCACAGAAGGACAUAAAAAAGAACCAAUUACCCCCUAAAUCUUCUCUGUGGACUGGUCAUGUGGGCACUGAUAAAAAUCUUGUCAUAAGCUUCUCUGAUGAUGACAGUGGUAGCGACUUUGAAACUAAAGGCAAUGCAUCUAGGUUGGAUAGCAGUACAAAGAGGACUAGCUCAUCCUUGGAAAAACCUAACAAGUUACGGCAAACAAGUUUACCCAAGGAAGUGCCCAAGAGAUUAUCCUUAAGUCGCACAUUUGUUUCAUCAUUGACCAAAAUCCCUGGUUCUAAUUCUAAGGGUGUUGGAUCUGUGCCACUAGUACAAGGAUCACGAGCUAGAAAUUUCAAUCCAGUGAACAAAAAUUUAGCAAACCGAGAGCGUGGACGUGAUCAAGGAGUGGUGUCAAAUGACAAUAAACUUCAGGAUUUGCGGCAACAGAUUGCGCUUAGGGAAAGUGAACUCAAGCUGAAGGCAGCCCAGCAAAAUAAGGAGAGUGCUUCAGUUUUGGGUAGGGACCACAGUGCCAUCAACUCAAAGAAUAUGGCUAGAAAAAGUACUCCAGUUUCCUCUGGACCUGCACAAUUGGAGCCAAAAGAGCCAGAUAGGAAGCGCUUGAAAGUUAGCACAUCAUAUGGUACCUCUCAAGCUGUUGAUAGUCAGCAAGAAGUUCCUGUUGUUAAAUCUCUGUUGCCACCAAAAGAUUCUACGUUAGAAAACUAUCAUCCUCAGGAGAGAAACAAAAUUGACCAUGGCAAAAAAGAGAUUCCAUUAUGUAGAGCAGAGCCAAAAACUAUCACAUCACAAAAGCAACCUGACAAACAUCUUGACAACUCAUUAGAAAAUAUGCCUCGUAGAUCAAGAGACGGUGACGGCAAUUAUGGUUGCAAUCAAACCGAGAAGAGUAGUAGGCUGGUGGACCCUUCUGUUGCUUUCAACCAAAACGCAUUGCCAGCAAAUAUGAGUUCCAAUAGUGUGCCAAAAAAUUUCGAAGCAUUAAGCAAUGCAGUUCUUUUGAAUCAUAAUGGCAAUGUAAAUGUCUCAGAGCAUAACAGUAUAGAUUUACAGUCAUUUUUUGGUAUGGAAGAAUUGAUAGACAAGGAACUGGAGGAAGCUCAAGAACACAGGCACAAAUGUGAAAUUGAAGAAAGAAAUGCACUUAAAGCAUAUCUUAAAGCUCAGAGGUCUUUGCUUGAGGCUAAUGCUCGAUGCACCAAUCUUUAUCAUAAAAGGGAAUUGUAUUCCGCCAAGUUACGAUCUUUAAUUUUAAACAAUUCUGGCUUCUCUUGGUCUUCAGGGCAGCACCAACAUCCUGAUAUAGGGUUGGAUUUCUUACCUGGACUUGGAUAUGAAAUGCCCACAUCAAGCUGUCAAAGGCAGGCUGACUAUAACGAUAUUAACAAUCCAAGUUUUGAUUCUAAUAAUCGAGGCAUCAAUAAUAGGCAUUCCAAUAUAUCGAAUCACCAUGUUACUGGAGCAAAUUUAGGGUCUGAACCUUGUGGUGAACCAGAUGCCAGUACUUCAGAGCCAUUGCCUCAAAGGGAUAAUUAUGCUGCAGAUGGAUUUUACUCUCCUUCGGAUGAAUUAGAUACAGCAGCUAAUGAAAAUGAAGAAAUUUCUCCACCUGGACAUGUUUCUAAUCAUCGUGAUGCUGAGUAUCAUAGAAAACAAAACUCAAAGUCCAAAUUAGUGGACACAGAUACGACUUCAAAUGCAAAUUUUUCCAAUGAUAGUCCCCAGGAUUCUUUGCUUCUUGAAGCAAAAUUAAGAUCUGAAUUAUUUGCACGAUUCGAGGCAAGAGCUAAGAAGAGUGGCAAUCCAUGUGAUGAUGUAGAGCCUGCUGCUGAAAGAGGGGCUGAAAAUGAGGUUGGAAAUGAGAAAACCCAGGUGCAUAAAAAUGUUGCUGUUCCAUUCUCUAGGGCGGAAGAUACUGAUGUUAAAGGCAUUGAGAGUCCUGAAAGGAGCAUCUUUGUGGAUUUGAGGGAUAUUCAAAGUCAGCAAAACAUUGGUGGGAAUUCAUUGAAUGUCAACUACAGCAUUGGUUCAGGAGAUAUGCCUUGUCUUACAAAUAAAGUGAACAUCCCGCUUUUGAUUUUUAGGAGUGCAUUCAGUGAUCUGAGAGGAAUGUUUCCAUUCAAUUCAAAUCAAUUACAGAGUAAAAAUAUGUUUAUUCAUGCUAAUGAUGGUCAAAAUGAAAAUGCUACUUCUCUCAGUUCUGAUGAAACAAAGUCUAGCGAUGUGUUAGCAAUCUCCAUGCCUGUCACUGUAGGAAAUUUAAUCUCAGAUGACAGCUCUUACAGCUGCAGUACUUCAGUUGAUCCAUUUUGGCCGCUUUGCAUGUAUGAACUGCGAGGAAAAUGCAACAAUGAUGAGUGUCCCUGGCAGCAUGCUAAGGACUAUGGUGAUAAAAACAUUCAGCACGCUGGUUCUAAAAAUGAAGAUUGUCAAGGUAGAUUACCAUUGCCUCUACAGAACGCUAAUGGUGUGGCAAAAGUUCCCAAGUGUUACAAAGCUACGAUUCUGCCAACUUACCUUGUUGGUUUAGAUACUCUGAAAGCAGAUCAAUUUGCAUAUAAACCUGUUGUGGUACAUAGAAAUGCUCAAUGCUGGCAGAAACAUUUCACCCUUACUUUAGCAACAUCAAAUCUGCUUGGAAAUGGUUUACCUGCUGAUGGUCCAUUAUUGCAUGGUGGUGAUGAACGCAUAGAGGUCCAUGGGGCAUGUAACACACAAUUAUCUUCUUUUCAUUGGAGAACUGGAGCUGGGAAUCAAAUUAAGCAGGCUAUGGCUGACACUGAACAAGUUGUUGAGAUGGCUCUUCUUAUUCUCAACCAGGAAAUUAAUAAAUUGCAGGGUGUAAGGAAGGCUCUGUCUGUGCUGUCCAAAGCUCUGGACAAUGAUCCAACAUCUGUGGUUCUCUGGAUUGUUUAUCUACUCAUUUACUAUGGAAAUUUGAAGCCAAAUGAAAAGGAUGACAUGUUCUUGUGUGCGGUUAAGCUCUGUGAAGAAUCUUAUGUGCUGUGGCUCAUGUACAUCAAUAGUCGGGGGAAGCUUGCUGACCGAUUGGUUGCCUAUGAUACUGCUCUUUCAGUGCUCUGUCAGCAUGCAGCUGCCAGUCCCAAGGACAUAAUACAUGAAAGUCCAUGCAUCUUAGACCUGUUUUUACAGAUGAUGCAUUGCUUAUGCAUGUCAGGGAAUGUUGAGAAGGCCAUUGAAAGAAGUUAUGGAAUAUUCCCUACUACAACAAAAUCCAAUGAGCCUCAUCAUCUGUCACUCUCAGAAAUACUCAAUUGCUUAACAGUUUCUGACAAAUGUGUAUUCUGGGUUUGUUGUGUUUACUUAGUUAUUUACAGGAGACUGCCUGAUGCUGUUGUUCAGAAGUUUGAAUCUGAGAAAAGUCUCCUUGAUAUUGAAUGGCCCGUUGUCAGUUUAUCUGAAGAUGACAAGGAGAUGGCUAUUAAACUUGUGGAGACAGCUGUUGAAUCUAUUGAUUCUUUUGUCUAUAGUGAAUCUGUAAAAAGUGAAGUUAAUCUCAGGUCUGCUCAACUUUUUGCACUCAAUCAUAUCAGAUGCAUGGCUGCUCUUGAUAACAAAGAAUGCUUUAGAGAUUUGCUGGAUAAAUAUGUUAAGCUGUAUCCUUCCUGCAUAGAAUUGGUCCUGGCAUCAGCUCGUAUACAGAAACAGGAUAUUGAUGUUGAUGGUUUCAUGGGAUUUGAGGAAGCCAUUAACAGAUGGCCAAAAGAAGUUCCUGGAAUCCAGUGCAUCUGGAAUCAGUACAUUGAAAAUGCUAUCCACAAUCGAAGAAUUGAUCUGGCAAAAGCAAUUACAGUCCGGUGGUUCAAGUGUAUUUGGCAAGUACAAAAUCUCCCAAAUGGAGGGAAGGAGAUCACUGAUGAUGGUAAUUCUUGUGGCUCAUUGGGAUUGGAUUCAAAAUCUGUUUCAGACAGAUUCAGUUCUGAUCAUAAACAGAUAGAUAUGAUGUUUGGAUUUCUUAAUCUGUCUCUCUAUAAUUUUUUACAGAAUGAUAAAACAGAAGCAUGCAUAGCUUUUGACAAGGCUAAGAGUACUGCUAGUUUUGGAGGUUUAGAACAAUGUAUGAAGACAUAUGUGAUGUUUCUGGUUUAUGAUGCGUGGAGCUUGAAGGAGGAUGGUUCUGAUGGUGCCAUCAAGAGGAUUUUGGAGUUGUAUGCAGAUGGUUCCUCUCAGGCAUUGCUAGUCCCCAAGGUGUUGACCAGAAAAUUUGUUGACAACAUCAAGAAGCCAAGAGUACAGCAUCUUAUUGGUAACAUAUUAAGUCCAGUUUCAUUUGACUGUUCUCUUCUAAACUUGAUACUUCAGUCAUGGUUUGGUUCAUCUCUUUUACCCCAAACUGUUAGUGACCCCAAACAUCUGGUGGAUUUUGUUGAAGCCAUUAUGGAGGUUGUUCCUCACAACUUCCAAUUAGCUAUUGCUGUUUGCAAGCUACUAACCAAGGAAUACAAUUCUGACUCAAACUCAGCCAGUCUAUGGUUUUGGGCUUGUUCAAACCUGCUAAAUGCAAUUUUAGAUGCCAUGCCAAUACCACCUGAAUACGUCUGGGUGGAGGCUGGAGAGCUUUUGCACAAUUCUAUGGGCAUUGAGACAAUAUGUGACAGGUUUUAUAGAAGGGCUCUAUCAGUGUAUCCAUUUUCUAUCAUGUUGUGGAAAUGCUUCUAUAAGCUGUAUAUGACCAGUGGAGAUGCAAAAGAUGCUGUUGAUGCAGCAAAACAAAGGGGUAUUGAACUGUUAACUAAAGAUUUAGGAACCGAUUGAAAGUCAGGUUGGUUCACGGGAAAUUUGGUCCCAGUUUUGCUUCUGUCACAAGGCCUCAACAUGUAGAUGAUUUUUUAAAUCGUACUAUAUUUCCACCUUUUGGAAGCAGUUCUAUUGACAAAGAAGUUUCAGGUUUUUGAGAGUUGGACCUAAAUCGAACUUUUGUUCUGGAAGAUAAAUAAGGUAUGAGUAUAUUGCAAUGUCUGAUUACUUGUUAGGUGCAGGCACAAAUAGAUUAUAGGCUGUCAAACUUUAUAGGAAUAGUGAAUCUUCUGUUUUUGCCGUCUUGCUUAAUGAGAAACAAAAUAGUACUAGCACAUUUGAAGGCCAUUCCACCAUAGGGGAAUGUUGGUAACUUACUCGUUGACACUUUUCAACAUUUUAUUGUUAUUAGGUGAAAUCUUGUGUUGGCAUCACUAAAUAACUUAAACCCAAUCCCAUAUAAGUUGACCAACAUGAGGUUUUAUCCGAUAGUGUUGAAAAGAGUGUCAGAUUUGAAUUGCUAGCAUUUUUCCUCCCCGUUAUUAUGUUGGGCAUGGUGGUAUCAUAUUUUGGACAUUGAAUUUUGUAGACUGUUAGCACAGAUGGAAUGAAAGAAAAUAUUUUAUUGUGUACC